AUGCUGCUGCAAGGAGAGACUUCAAACGGAACCAGGAAAUCGAGAGUGAGCCGUGGAGGUGCCCCUAGAGGGGAUCUGCGUUCAGGAAGGGGAUCUCAUGGGAAUCGAAGAAACAAUUCCAAGACUAAUCUGAAUGAGACAGACGAAGGUUUAGAAGAUGAAGAUAUGUGUAUUAUCUGUGCUAACCGCAUCAACUAUGCUGCGCUUCUGCCAUGUAACCAUACUGUUUGUCACGUUUGUGCGUUCCGUCAACGUGCAUUGUAUGAGAAGAAGGCUUGUCUUGUUUGUCGUACUGAUUGUGAACGAAUGAUUAUCACGGAAAGAAUAAAGAGUAAUUAUACCGACUUCAGUGCGAAGGACUUUGAAACUCAUGAUGAAAAGUAUGACAUUGACUUCACCACUCUGUAUGCUUCUAACGACACACUUGGUCUUUUAGAAUACAAAUGUAAAGUUUGUAAUGAAGUUGAACCCCUGUUCAAAUUACUUUCAGAACAUGUUAAGAACGAACAUCACAAGUACUUUUGUUUAAUCUGUGUGAAUAACCGGAAAGCAUUCAUUUCAGAAUUGAAACUUUACUCGUUCAAACAACUUCAAAAGCAUCAAGCGGAAGGUGAUGAACACGGAUUCCUCGGACAUCCAGAAUGUAAACAUUGUAGAGGUAAAAGGUUCUAUUCGGAAGAUGAACUUAAUAUUCAUAUCAGAGAUAACCAUGAAAGAUGUCAUAUAUGUGAUCAACUUAACCCUAAAACUGCGGACUAUUACAAAAAUUAUGAUACCUUGUUCCAACAUUUUAGACAAGAUCACUAUGUAUGUAACGUUGCCUCAUGUCUUGAAAAGAAGUUUGUUGUGUUUAGGGAAGAAUUAGAUUUAACUGCUCAUAUGUUGAAGGAGCACGGAGGUAUCUCAAGUGGAAAUAAGGUGAUUAUCGGAGCUACAGGAAGACAAUACCAAUCACAACUUUCGACAUUCUCAGGUUUUGGAGAGGCUUCAUUGAGUGCUGGAGGCAGAAACAAUAACAAUUCAAACCGACAAAAUUAUACUGACGAUGUGGACUCAUAUGAUACCAAAACCAAAAGAUUAGAAGAAAGAGCCAAACAUUACCUUAACUACAAUACCGGUGAUAUUAAAAAGUUUCAUAAACUUAAUGCUAAUUUUAGGUCAAAGAACAUAACCGCCCGAGAAUUACUGCAAGCUUACCAGGAUCUUUUCUCGACGAAGGGAAAUGAAGAUAUCAACCUUUUAUUAUAUGAAAUGUCUGAGCUUUUCCCAGAACUGUCAUCUGAGAGAAUGUCACUUGCAUUACUUUGCAGUGAACUUUUGACAACAGCUUCUCGUGAGCAAUUUCCAGCUUUGAAUGGAACUUCGCUGACUUCAACCGCCAGUGUACACUCAUGGGGUGCCGGUUCGGGAAGUAGAAAGGCAGGUGGAGGAGCAGAGCUUUUCCCAGCUCUUUCUAAACCAAAGGCUCCACCCAAGAAACUUGUAUCCACUAACCAGCCAAUAAGGUACUCCAAGGUUGUUAGAAAGGUUGGAAGCAAUCAAUUUUCUUCAGUUAAGAUAUCUACUACCCAGGCACCAAGUAACUUCAAGCCAUCCUACCUUGAUAACGUCAAAAAGACACCAUCAGUAGACUCACUUCCUAUUCUAGGAGGCAGCAACAAUAGUAGUGUGGGCUCUUCACGAAGCAGUAGCCCACUGACAGUCAGUCCAGUUGUCAAGAAAUCUUCUAAUAAUGCUGCGUUGUCACAAUCAAAAUUCCCCACUUUAGAGAAAAAGCUGACUAAAAAGCCAAUUCCAAGAGUAAAUCCCGUGAUUCUUCCUACUACAUGGGGUGCACCACUUGCGAAGAAGGAAAUUCCAUCCAACAAUUUGGACUUUGGUAUCCCAAUUGUUGAAAAGAAGAAAGGGAAACAAAGGAAGAAUUAG